CGGAUAGCCACUAUCCCUUCUUGGAUGCCCCCGGCUUCCCAGACUAAAAGGUCAUAGAGGAAGCACAGAUCCAUGGAGAUCCUUUGCUGCCCUCUAUGAAGGAGGAGUGCUGUUCAGGCCCGUUCAGCUUUGUGAGAAAUGUCCGCAGAAAACUAAUCGUAUCAGCUAUGGUUUUUGAAAGCAAACCUUUUGGACAGGUUUUAGCACCAUAGCCGGAUAUGACACCUAGGGUUUAAGAUGUCCCACGCAAACGAAUGUACAGUGGGCUGCGCCUCAGAAGCUUCAGACACCGAAUGCUGGCAUGAGGCGUGAGGUAUUUCAUGCUGGCGCUGCAGGAGCCUUUUGUAUCAUUCUUGUGUGGUUUUGUGAAUGCGCGUCUGGACGUUCAAUGAGCCCAGUGCGUUGCAACUUUUGGUUCAGGCUGUUUACCGCCCGUUCGCAUCUGCCAAUAUCACACAAACCAGUUCCGGUCAUGUCUGCGUUUGCUUCAUCCCAAAUUUGAUCUCUCCGCUCGACUCCUGACUAGCCAUGGUGUCAAGAUUGCUUGUGUUUGUUCUUCUUCAUCACGUGUGCUUGGCCCUUGAUGCGGAGGAACAGGACUCGCUGCGGGCGGUUCUAAAGGCCUUGGGGUAUGAGGACAUCGAAGGGUGCGUGGCCGAGUGCGACGCCAAAGACGAGUGCUGCGAAGACAGUGUGACCAUUGUAGACGCACAUGUGGAAGGCAUCUACUUGCAGGAACAGAACUUGUCAGGUGAAGUGCACGGCAAGAUUUGCGCAUUUAAGAAACUUAGAUUCCUAUAUUUGCACGAUAAUAAUCUUUAUGGAGAUAUUCCGCCAUUUGCAAGCCUGACGAGUUUGAAGACUUUAGACCUUUCCCAAAAUCGAUUUACAGGAAAAAUUCCACGGAUGCCCUCGGGCUUGAGAGAGCUGCGUUUGUCCAACAAUUUCUUGGAGGGCGAGAUACCACAGCACCUUUCAGAGCUCAAAGAACUUGAAGAUUUGACGCUUGCAGGAAAUGGCUUACAAGGAGAGAUCCCUGCAAAUCUGCGUUCGCAGAGGUUGAGUCUUGCGCGCAAUAAUCUCACAGGGCCAAUCCGCAAAGAGAUGUGCCAUGAACGUCUGAGCGGAUUGUUUCUGUCAAACAACAAACUGGUGGGAAAGAUACCACAAGAGUUGCUCGAGUGCCCGAGCAUCAAGCGGUUGGACCUUGCCAACAACAAGUUGAAUGGAACGGUGCAAACCACUCUACCGAAGCUCAUGCAAGAACUUCGUUUGAACAACAACAACCUCAGCGGCGAAAUUCCAGCUGAGCUGAUGCAAGCCCCGGAAUUGACCCUGCUUCGCCUCGAUUGCAACAACUUCAGCGGCAGCGUACGGGCGCUCACACUUCCGAAGGUAAAGACGCUGGAUAUGUCGGAGAACCACCUUGAGGGAGAAGUUCCAUCAGAGUUGAUCGACCUCAAGGAACUUGAGUACCUCAGCCUGUCUAACAAUGAGUUCAAGGGCAAAUUGCCCAACUUGAGCAAUUUGAUGAAUCUUAGGAAGGUGAGUUUGGGCCACAACAAAUUCAAUGGGGAGUUUCCAGAAAGCUUUUGCAAGAUGCAAAAGCUUUUCUCCUUGCAGCUUCGCAACAACAAGUUUGGCGACAGACUUCCAGAGUGCAUCUCCGAAAUGCAGAGUUUGGUGCAUUUGCUUCUCAGCGGCAAUCGCUUUGAGGGCAGGGUCCCAAGCUUGUCCAACUUAAGUCGUCUUACAGUUCUGACCUUGGAUUCGAAUCGGUUUUCUGGGCCGAUGCCAGAUCUUCCUGUGGCCAAAUUGGCCGUUGUGACACUGCACGACAAUUCAUUUUCUGGUGAAGUAAAGAGUUUGCGUCUUCACUCCGAGUGCGUAGACAACGCCAACUUCGACUUCUUCGGGCGUUCUUGCGUGAAGGUUGGCAACGAGAUUCAUGAAUGGGGCCACAGGUGCUGUGAGGAUCUGAUGGCAACGUAUAAGGUGGACAUCGAGCAGCUUCUGGUGAACUGCCCCCAAACUUGUAACUUCUCUAAAAGCUUGACCUGUGACAAGCAUGGCCUCAAACCCAAGAUCACGUUGCACGGCAAUCAUUUCUGUGGCAUUUUGCCUGAGACGAUCAGCGAGGACGAUUCAGUGGUGGUCGCUACUGCGCUCAUGGGCAAUAUGUUUGGCAAUGGUACGGAAAUGAUGGUACAUUGGCUUCGAAACGAAGCGAUGCAGCAGUUUCUUUUUUUCUCACCGAACACCUAUUGGAGUGAGAAGUGGAUUGCCGGAGAAUUUCUUGUUCUAUGCAUCGUUUUCCUGGAGAUUGUCCUCUGCAGCCCAUUUUGGAGGAGGCUACGAUUAGCCGUUGAGGAAGAGCGUGACAAAGAGGCUAUGGGGGUGGCCAGCUCUUACAGGCAGACCAUGCUCAUGGCCACUUGUAGCAUUGCAUUUUGCUGCGUCACUCUGCCGGCCUUCAUUUUGGGCAGCAACUUCUACCCCAGGUAUGGCCAAUACCUUCCCCGUGCGUCGGCUGCAUACCUUCAGGAAGCAUGGUUGGAGGUGGUCAUCAUCGUUCUCUGGUGCCUUUGGAGUGGUUUCUUUCGCAUCGCUAUCAGUACGUGGCCAGUGCCAGAUUGGAGCGAGUCAAGGGACUUUGGUCGUCGCAAGACCUUCACCGCGCAGAUUCAAGUGUCGCGCAGCCCAACCCGCGUCGCAACAUUUUUGCUCCUGUGGCUUGUGGUCGUUUUGACGGUUUCGGGGCCGGCCAUCUUUUUCUCCAUGGCAGAGGCAGAGUUCAAUUAGACAAAAAAAGCGUUUGCAAAGGCUAUCUAAUCGCGGCAUUCAUUUCCUUUUGCAAGACAUUUUGCAAGUAAUGCCAUGAACGGUAGCUUUAGCUACCUGAGUUCUAUCUUGCGUAAGCAAUGCGGGCUGCGUUGUUGAAAGUGCUUGAUUUUAUGUUUACGGUUCGAUUCUAUUCAUUAUAGGGGGCGCCGGCGCCAUCAUCAUCAUGAUCACCAUCAUCAUCGUUCUCUUAAGAAGAAGAAGCGAACGCUGACUUUACUAGAUGCACAUACAUGAUGUUCACUACCUGGGCAUCCCUUUUUGGGACGACUUUUUCGGGAUAUUAGCAACACAGCAUGACUCACGCUUUCCGACUUAGGUUCAUCAUCAAUAUCUCAUUUUCAUCCUAGUCGUCGUCGUUCUUCUCCUCCUCCUUCUCCUCCUCCUCAUCGUCGUCAUCAUCGUCAUCGUCAUCGUCAUCGUCAUCAUUAUCACCACCCUUAACAUCAUCAAUAUCUCAUCAUCAUCAUCAUCACCGCCACCACCACCAUCAUCAUCAUCAGCCAGACAUUUUUCUCUUUGCCAGAUGAUUGGUUGCGUCUUCCAUGAUAGACGCAUGAUGGAUCCCCUCCCGAAGUUCCUUCAAAACUGUUUGCAAAGUUUGCAAGUUCCUGUCUUCAGAGUGGUAACUUGAAACGCUUGAGGCGGUCCCUCAUCACAGCAUUUACGACCUAACCUUGAAGAUUUGCCACGAAGGUGCUCCAAGGAUCGGUCUUCUGGUCGACCUCCUUUUGGCUGGCAAGUUGGUGCAAUGGUUUUCUUCAAAGACAGGGUUGAGGCCGACAACCCUCUUCAUUUUCAUGCACCUCUGUUCGCAAUGGUUCUUGCCUAUGAUGGCAACUAUGAUCUUGCACGAGAAUUGCGCUGGAGGUUGGAAAACUCUUUGGGAUGUUUGCGAUCGGAGGAGCAGUAGACACAAACUUUUUGACUGGAUGGUCUUUGAUACGAAGGUCUUGACAACGGCGGAGAUUUGCAGGACACCCCCUUGGAGAUUUCUCGACGGAAGUUGCAGUCGAUCACUCCUUGAAACUUCUUCUCGCUUUGUGCUGGAAAAACUUUUCCUGAAAGCAACAAUUCAGCCUGUGCUGCUGGGCACCAUUUGGCUAGUCAUGAGACGAAAAGGCUGUUGGCAGCACACUGCAGCUCAGGAGGCUGACGGUGGCCAACACUGCAAAUGCUGCAGCUGGAGCGGUUUCAAGAGUCUUGCGACAAAGACCAUUCUGUCUGUUUCGCAGCAUGCCCAAUUGAAUACCUGGCUUGAAGUGAUUCUCACUUUGGGACCACUGGUUCCUUUGGUGAGUGUCAUGGCUUCAGCGUGUGUUGCCACCAACUUUGUGCUCUUCCAUCUUGCGAUGUCCAUGGAUGUGAAGGUCAAAGAAGAUAAGGACGACAUGAACAACUCGCUGGCAGGUUUGUCUCUUGGACAUUUACGCUUGAGCCUCAUGGCUGGUUGGUUUUUUCAGCUGUGGCACGCCUACAGCACGCGCAUGUUUGGCCGCUCCUUGUUGUUUGCAAUGGCCUGGAUCCUUUUGCCGGAAAAGGUCUUGAAGAAGGUCCCGAAGGUCGAACUCUUCCAAAAGUGGAUGAGACAAUUCUGGAAGCUCGCCAAGCAGGCCAAGUCGCCCAAGCACGAGGCAGUCGAGAGUGCAGAUGGGCCGAGUUUCAUUUUACAAAUGUCGGAGAUGAACAGGCCACUGGCAGAGCCUGCGCAGGCAAGCGAGAUUGGUCAAACUACUCGAGCAGUUCGAUUCACCUUCCGUAAGCACCUGCCUACAAAAUGCCGUGUCGGAGUCAGCUGCGUGCUUUCUGAGAGGGCUUUUGCCACAAAUGGGUGCUUUCCAUUCUGAAGAUGUUUCAGACCUUCAUAUCUUUUCCUCGGCCUCUGAAGCUUUUGAAGCUGGGUUUCAAGUCUGACCGGAUGCCAGGCUCCCAGGGGCUUCCCUAUUUGAAUGUUUCACCUUCAAACAGCCAGAGAAAACGAUGAUGUGAACAGUAGGAGAUUACUGUCACCCGGUCUCGAUUGGAAAGCCCAAAGUGGCUUUGCGCGUUCCGCAAAGAGCAAUGCUGGUGCGACGAUUGGUGUUUAGAUUUUGUUUGCAGCAAGAGGCCAUAUUUCAGCUUGCGGCGAUUCGGAGUUGAAGGUCUAAGCGCCCAUGUUCGAAUGAAAAGGCCCGGCUCUAGCCGCCUAUCAGCAUCAUGUUGGCCUUGUUGUAGACCCGCGUAAUCUGGAC